UGCAAAGUGUGACUGUCUGACAUAGAGGUGCAGUCUGGCACCUCUGAGUUCAACAACAGGGCAACAACGCUUUGCAAGAAACCACAGACAGAUGCGGUCUAGUUUUCUACUUAAACAGGAAACACGCCUGGAAAGAUGUGAUGAUGAAGAUGUUUCACUUUUCUGUAUGCAAAUGUAACCCCACCUUGACCUUGUAACUGAGCUUUCGAAUAAAUACGCUGUAUAUGGGAAGUACCGUCGAAAUUGGCUGCAACCUACUCAAAGGUGUGGACUUCCCUUGCAAGUAAAAACGUACGAGUGUAUGUGUGGUGUUUGAUUCGUGAAUUCUUACAACAUUGAUACAUGUCUGGGUGAAAUUCCCUCGACAUUUUUGGUCCUUCGAGCCGGAUGCCAACAGAUCCAGAUCAGGGGAGCGGAUCGAGAGAGAACUGAAGACUGUGCACAGCCCUUAGGACAAAGUCCUGUGGAGUGAAUUCUUCCCAGGCCAGUUCGACCUGACCUGUUCCCUGGACUGGAUUGACGGCAUCCGAACAAAAAGAAGACGAAUCAAACAGGUUCCAAAAGUGACCGUGGGAGAUUUCGUGUUCAUCAAGGCGAUAAAAAGGAAGCACUGGAACAGCCCACGUGGGAGGGACCGCAUCAAGUACUACUCACAACACCCACUGCAGUAAAGAUCGCUGAGAGAGGAACCUGGAUACAUCUCUCCCACUGCAAAAAAGCGACACAGGGGACCGGUGACGCCAUUGGUUAGGAGGGGAAGCCUGACUUCAAAGGGGGGUUAUCAAAUAGUGGUAACUCGUCUCAACGUCAGUGAAGUAACCAACAUAUCCUCUAACUGUUAGGGCACUCGCUGGAAACCUGGUUCGUAUACAAGAAAUGAAGGUGUUAUGAAAAUGAUGGUCACGCAGAAAACUUGCAAAAGAGAUGCUAUGACUUGACAAAGAGGAUUUGACAUUCAUUAAUGAUAAACAGGAGGGAAAUGUUAGAAGAAUUGUAUGUAAGUUAUCAUGUUUGAAUGUACUGCUGAUGCAAAGUGUGACUGUCUGACAUAGAGGUGCAGUCUGGCACCUCUGAGUUCAACAACAGGGCAACAACGCUUUGCAAGAAACCACAGACAGAUGCGGUCUAGUUUUCUACUUAAACAGGAAACACGCCUGGAAAGAUGUGAUGAUGAAGAUGUUUCACUUUUCUGUAUGCAAAUGUAACCCCACCUUGACCUUGUAACUGAGCUUUCGAAUAAAUACGCUGUAUAUGGAAAGUACCGUCGAAGUUGGCUGCAACCUACUCAAAGGUGCGGACUUCCCUUGCAAGUAAAAACGUACGAGUGUAUGUGUGGUGUUGAUUCGUGAAUUCUUACAACAUUGAUACAUGUCUGGAUGAAAUUCCCUCGACAAGUUCAUGGAGGAACUGGAGUAAAAGCAUAAACAGGUUUUUGUGUACUAUCAUGUUACCGGACUCAAAUGAGUGUUGGCAGAGUGACGUGUCAGAUAGACAAAUAAAACCGAGUGACAUUUUCUAUCUACCUGUGCUUUCUACUCAAAGAGCUGAGCCAUGUCCCUCUCAAGCUGCCAGAUGACUCGUCAGAGGCAAAUUGCCUCCGGCUGCUUCCUGUUGGUGUGUUUCCUGGUCAUUUUUUUUACAUACUACAAGCCGGAAAUCGAGUUCCCGGAUUUUCGUGAUUAUCUGAAGAGAGGCAAUCAUUCUUGUGAGUGCCCUGUGGAAGCACAGAUCCAGGGCUCAAACCCAAACUCUUCCUCGGAGCAGCACGUGGAAGCACCUACUGAUGGUCCCAAGCAGAUCCAGGACGUGGAGGUGGAAGCUGAGCCUGAUACUCUUCUCUUGAUUUGGACGUGGCCAUUUGGCUACAAAUUUGAUCUCACCUGCGAUAUGUUCAAAUAUAAAGGAUGCCGCUUGACCGAUGACAAGUCUCUUUACAAACAAGCCCACGGGGUUUUCAUCCACCACAGGGACAUUCAUGGAAAUCUGGGAAACUUGCCGAGUGAGCCACGUCCCUGGUUUCAGAAAUGGGUUUGGAUGGACAUGGAGUCACCUACAGACUGUGCAAAAUUACCCGGACUUGAUAACUUGUUCAACUUGACAUCCUGUUAUCGCUCAGAUUCACAUAUCCCAGUGCCUUAUGGGAAUUUGGUGCCACAAACAUCUGAGGUGGAGAGUUUCCAGCUGCCAACCAAGGACAAGUUGGUCUGUUGGAUCGUGAGCAACUGGCAUGACGAGCACAAAAGAGUUCAGUACUACAACGAGCUGAAAAAACACAUCCAGAUAGAAACUUAUGGGAGGGCUUUUGGCAAAAAUGUAGAUGGUCAAAACUAUGCAAACAUAUUAUCUAGUUGUAAAUUCUACCUCUCCUUUGAAAACUCUCAGCACAAAGAUUAUAUCACAGAGAAGGUAUUCAAUCCUAUGAAACUGGGAACUGUACCCGUAGUUCUUGGCACUUCAAGAGAAAACUAUGAGGACCAUAUCCCACGAGACUCUUUCAUUCAUGUCGAUGACUUUUCCACUCCAAAGGAGCUGGUAGAGAGGCUACUUCACCUAGACCAGAAUAUGACUGAAUACAUGAGAUUCUUUGACUGGAAAAAUAGGUAUAGAAUUCAUCAGGCACAGUUCGGCAGAGACCAUGCCUGCAAAGCUUGUCGUUACUUACAAGAAAACAGAGGAUACCAGGCUAGUCAUUCUCUUACCAAGUGGUUCUGGGAUCAAUAGCACUAAAUAUAAGAGCAUUGAUCAAAUUAUCUUUUCAUUUGGUUCACUGAUGAGACUGGGCUUGAGGGAACUUCUUUGGUGAAGGAAUCAUAAUAUGAACUGGAUUUUACCCAGGACCCAGUAUUUCUUAUGAAGGUCAGACUGGUUCGUAGAAGGGUGAGGUCUGGACCCAAAAGGACUCAUUCACUUUUGGGGCGAUUUUUAAUUAAGGGGGCGGAUCAAGGAAAAUGUCCCCUUUUGUGUUUAUAAAAUGUUAUGUGAAUAUCUUCAGAAAUUGUGGAUAUUUAAGAAAGGUGAACCGGAAGAACUGGAUGCAAAUGUGGAUGUAUACUCUCUAAAUUUGAACUAAUGUCAAACGGCUCCAUGUUGUGGUUGUGGAAUCUAAAGUAAGUUAGCGUGUAAAAUACAAACUGAUAAAUAUACUUUGUUGAAUGUGUCUUUAUGUGCAUCUUUCACAAUGAGGUGACAUCCUCACAUCCUUCAUGACACUCUGACAUUAUAAUCUUGCUUACGGCGGUUCUACAUUUCUUAAACCUCUUUUCUAACUCUUGCCAGGCCUAAAAAGAAGAUCAUAAAUCAAUAGUUUUUUUAACCACAUUUUUUGGUAUUUACUAAUCUUUAAAGGAGAAGUAAAAAGUUUAAAUCGUA